AUGGCUGACUCCAAGAUCCCAUCGGUUCCUCCGCCCUGGACUCUCAAAGGCGACAUCUACGCCUUUGUCUUCUGGACGCCCCGCGCACAGGUCAAAGAUGGCCUUCCCAACAUGGCAUACUCACCUCUAGAAGGGAAGUCCAGCUUCGCCACGGACACGAAAGCCCUUGGAGGUCUAAGCAUGUCCCAGAUUAUUCGCUAUACGGACUCACCGGUAGGGCCCUACGAUGAGCUUGUCUUUGCGCCUGGGAGCUUUGGCUACGAGAGGGAUGAUGAGGAUGGAAGGCGAGUGAAGGAGAAGGGUGUCAAGAUCACGAGGAUUUAUGUCUCGCAAAGAGAUACGUGCUAUAACGGGAGGAAAAACUGGAACGUCCCUAAGCAUCUCGCCAAGUUCAUCUGGUCUAACCACUCAGACGGUUCUACAACCGUAAAAGUAUAUCCCCAUGAUACAUUACCCAGUCCCACAGGCUCGGCCUCAUCAGAAUCAGCCUCUCCAGAUCCCAAGCCUUUCUUCCAAGCAACAUUCAAGCCCGUUCCAUACACCCCCUCCUUUCCAUUCCGAACUUCAUGGCUCAACUAUCUUGGCUACAAAACCACUCUCGUCUUCCCUCCUCUGCCUGAAGGUUCUGGAAGUCAAGGGGAGCUUAUCGGUACUGAUCACUGGUGCUCUGUCGUUCCUGAGCAGUCCACCUCCAAGUGCAUGCUGGGCUGGUUUGAUGUCGAGCAGCAUCGUGAUGAAGAUGGGAAGCCGACGGGUGCCUUUGAGAAUUUCUGGCCUGGUUGGUCAAAAUGGCAGAUGGGAAUAAAAAUGGAAGACUCCAUUAUUGAGUUUGGUAAUCCAAAGACUUGGGAACCAUGCAGGACAAGACUAUGA